AUGGACUCCUCACACAAUACGAACGCCGAUGCCGGCUGGAAGAGCAACAACAGACCUCAAUCUACCCUCGCCCAAGAUUUUUCCGCGACCUUGGACGAGAUGUUCCGGUUGAAUGGGGUCGGUGCCCUCGAGGAUUCUGUCGUGCAGAAAAAAGAUACCGUCCAGUCCCAGCGGUACCAGCUCGAAGACCUCGAGGCCAAACUACGCGAAGCCGACAAGAGACUCAAGCAACUCGAAUCCAAACACCGUCGCACGCAGAGCGAGAUGAAAUUCGGAGGUCGCCAGAGACAACCCGUGUCCUCCCUUUUCAAUGCUGACGACGAGGACAGCAGCGGCGAAAGCGACGCCCUCGGGAGAUCGUCACCACAAGACGAAAGAUCGAGACAACAUUGA